AUAUUAUGAAGAGAGAGAAGAGAAAUUGAAAAGUGGCAGAGAACUCUCUUCUCUUCAUCUAUGAUGAUGAUAUGCUGAUUGUGAACUGAAGUGUGUAGAAGAACAAGAAAGAAUAAUAGAUUAGGAACUAGAUAGAUAGAUAAAUAAAAAUAAAAAUAAAUUGAAAAUGUCGAAGAGUUCGUUUCAAAACGACGUGCCAUGGAGAGCUUCAUCUUCUUCAACAAAGCCAAUACCCAAAAUUCAUCACUCUCCAAUUCUUCGCGUUUCUCAGAAUCCCUUUUCCGAUUAUGCAAUUUCCAUCAUGAGGCAUCCAGACCCAAUAGGGGAUGGUUUGGGUGAUGACGCUAUAGUUGAAGCAGCUGGUCCUGAAUGCAUCAUACCUGGUCAAGUUACUCCCAUUAAACUACUUGGCCUUAAGGUUUGGCCUAUCGAAGUUGACCUGAAAUUUUUGGAACCAAUUGGCCGAGAACUUAAGCAGCUUGGGAAGGUCAUGGAUGACGCUGUGGAACUUAUGAACAAAUCAUUCAUAGAUCGUUGAUACGGUGGCCUUUGUGAAAGAUGAAGAUUUGGCUCGUUUUGUGUCCAGUCUCACAUACAUUUUUCCAAGAGUAAUACAAGACAGUUUUGUUCUGUACUCGUUCCCCAGCCCCAUCUUUCUUCUGUACGUCAUUUGUUUUAAUCUCUUAUUUAACUUUUUCAUUAUAGUCUAUAAAUUUGAGAAGACUUUUUUUUUAAUAAUUAAUCAUAAUGCUUACUUAAAUUGAAAGACUCAUGAGUUAACUUGAGCA